GCAGCUCUGGGCAGAGGCAUGUGCGGGCCGUGUGCAGAGUCCCAGUGCCGAAUGCAGUGUGAUGACGGAUAAACAAGAGCAAAUAUAUGUACAGCAGUGUGCAGUCUGCUCGAAUUCCUGAGGCUUGCUGCAUGCCAGACUCAAGACUCACUUGGCCUUUUGUGGGUUGGCUCAGGAGCAGAGUGGAACCUGCAGGGAAGUGCCUUCCCCUUUGUUAGAGGGAUACUUUUAAAGCAUUUCCUUCUAAGGGGCCUGAGUAGUCUGGUGAAGGUGCACUGCUAGUGGAGAUGAAGGUGUGACCCUGGAUACAGCCAUGGAGAAAGCUGGCGGUGAGAUGCCCGGGAACCCUGACCAGUCCUUCCUGGCAACUCUGCGUGGCUCACAGGGGACUGUGCUGUCUGUCCACAAGUGGUGGUCCUUGAGGAGGAGCCUUCGGGGCCAGGGUCCCACCAGGCAGAUACCUUUGGAGGAGAAAGGCUCUCCCCCAUCAGAGGAAGGAAAAUUUUCCCAGGAGGUUUUGAAUGGAACACAGGAAAUCCGUUCCCGUCAGAUUCUGUCUAAACUUUCUUUGCCUGCUCGUGGCUGGGAACCAACAAUGAAGGAGAGUUUCGCCUUUGAAAAUGUUGGCUACGAAGAUAGUCUGGACGGUACGUGCCCUUCGCAGACAACCAGUGGCACCAUCAGCAUUUUGGGCAUGACUUGCCAGUCAUGUGUAAAGUCUAUUGAGGGCAGGAUUUCCAGUUUGAAAGGCAUUGUGAGUAUUAAGGUUUCCCUGGAACAAGGCAACGCAAUUGUAAAAUAUGUGCCAUCAGUUAUGAGCCUGCCACAUGUUUGCUUUCAAAUUGAGGACAUGGGCUUCGAGGCCAGCAUCGCAGAAGGAAAGGCUGACUCCUGGCCUUUAAGAUCCUUGCCAGCCCUGGAGGCUGUGGUCAAGCUUCGAGUGAAGGGCAUGACCUGCCAGUCCUGUGUCAACUCCAUAGAAGGCAAGAUUGGGAAACUGCAAGGAGUGGUGAGAGUCAGAGUCUCACUCAGCAACCAAGAGGCAGUCAUCAUUUAUCAGCCUUUUCUUAUUCAACCUCAAGACCUCAGGGACCAUGUCAACGACAUGGGAUUUGAAGCUGUCAUCAAGAACAAAGUGGCUCCUCUAAGCCUGGGACAAAUUGAUAUUGGGCGGUUACAGAGCGCUUACUCAAAGACACCUUCAACUUUUAACCAGAAUGUCAAUAACUCUCAGACCUUGGAGCAGCAAGGGAGCCAUGUGGUCACCCUGCAGCUGAGCAUAGAUGGAAUGCACUGUCAGUCCUAUGUCCGGAAUAUUGAAGAAAAUAUCAGCAAACUCCCAGGAGUUCAAAAUAUUCAGGUGUCCUUGGAGAACAGAUCUGCCCAAGUACAGUACCAUCCUUCUUAUGUCUCCCCGGAGGCCCUGCAGAAGGCGAUUGAGGCUCUUCCACCAGGGAACUUUAAAGUUUCUCUUCCUGACGGAGCAGAAGGAAGUGGGACAGAUAACAGGUCUUCUACACAUCCCUCCCCUGUCCCUGCCCAGAGAACCCACGUGCAAGGCGAGUGCUGUACCAUGGUGCUUGUUAUUGCUGGCAUGUCCUGUGCAUCCUGUGUCCAGUCCAUCGAAGGCCUGAUCUCCCAAAGGGAAGGUGUGCAGCAAAUAUCAGUCUCUCUGGCUGAUGGGACUGGAACGAUUCUCUAUGAUCCCUCUAUAAUUAACCCAGAAGAGCUCCGAGCUGCUGUAGAAGAAAUGGGAUUUGAGGUUUCCAUUGCUUCUGCAGACUAUCCUGGCAACCAUAUUGGAGAGCACAGUGUGGCAAAUUCCACAGCACAGACUACAACUGGCAUGCCUGUUUCUGUACAGAAAGUGGCUCGCCAUGCUGGGGGCACCCCUAAAAUCCACAGCUCUGGCCUCUCAGCAAAGUCCCCACAAGCCUCUACAACAGUGACACCAAAGAAGUGCUUUUUACAGAUCACAGGCAUGACCUGUGCUUCUUGUGUGUCUAACAUAGAGAGAAACCUGCUGAAAAAAGCCGGUAUUCUCUCUGUGCUGGUUGCCUUGAUGGCCGGAAAGGCAGAAGUUAAGUACAAUCCAGAAGUCAUCCAACCACUCGAGAUAGCUCAGUUCAUCCAGAACUUGGGCUUUGGGGCAACAGUAAUGGAAGACUACACGGGCUCCGAUGGCGACAUUGAGCUGAUUAUCACUGGGAUGACCUGCGCUUCCUGUGUUCACAACAUAGAGUCCAAACUCAUGAGGACGAAUGGCAUCACCCAUGCCUCCGUGGCCCUGGCCACCAGCAAAGCCCAUGUGAAGUUUGACCCUGAAGUUACCGGUCCGAGGGAUAUUGUCAGAAUUAUUGAGGAAAUCGGCUAUCAUGCUUCCCUGGCCCAGAGAAACCCCAACGCUCAUCACUUGGACCACAAGACGGAAAUAAAGCAGUGGAAGAAAUCUUUCCUGUGCAGCCUGGUGUUUGGCGUCCCUGUUAUGGGUAUAAUGAUCUAUAUGUUAAUACCCAGCAAAGAACCCCAUGGGUCUAUGGCCCUGGAUCAAAACAUCAUUCCAGGAUUGUCGAUUCUAAAUCUCAUCUUCCUUAUCUUGUGUACUUUUGUCCAGUUCCUCGGUGGGUGGUACUUCUACGUUCAGGCCUACAAAUCUCUGAGUCACAGAACAACCAACAUGGAUGUGCUCAUCGUGCUGGCCACCAGCAUUGCCUAUGCCUACUCUCUGGUCAUCCUGGUGGUGGCCAUUGCGGAGAAGGCCGAGAGGAGCCCGGUGACAUUCUUUGACACCCCCCCCAUGCUCUUUGUGUUCAUCGCCCUGGGCCGGUGGCUGGAACACGUAGCAAAGAGCAAAACCUCAGAAGCCCUUGCCAAACUCAUGUCUCUCCAAGCCACAGAAGCCACCGUGGUGACCCUUGGCGAGGACAACUCAGUCAUCAGAGAGGAGCAAGUACCCAUGGAGCUGGUGCAGCGGGGUGAUGUCAUCAAGGUUGUUCCCGGGGGAAAGUUCCCAGUGGAUGGGAAAGUCUUAGAAGGCAAUACCAUGGCCGACGAGUCCCUCAUCACAGGAGAAGCCAUGCCAGUCACUAAGAAACCCGGAAGCACGGUGAUUGCUGGGUCUAUAAAUGCACACGGCUCUGUGCUCGUUAAAGCUACCCACGUGGGCAAUGACACCACUUUGGCUCAGAUUGUGAAAUUGGUGGAAGAGGCUCAGAUGUCAAAGGCACCCAUUCAACAACUGGCUGACAAGUUUAGUGGAUAUUUUGUCCCAUUUAUCAUCAUCAUUUCAAUUUUGACUUUGGUGGUAUGGAUUAUAAUCGGUUUUAUCGAUUUUGGUGUUGUUCAGAAGUACUUUCCUAACCCCAACAAGCACAUUGCCCAGUCAGAGGUGGUCAUCCGGUUUGCAUUCCAGACGUCCAUCACAGUGCUGUGCAUUGCCUGUCCCUGCUCCCUGGGCUUGGCCACCCCCACGGCAGUCAUGGUGGGCACCGGCGUGGCUGCUCGGAACGGCAUCCUCAUCAAGGGGGGCAAGCCUCUGGAGAUGGCCCACAAGAUAAAGACUGUGAUGUUUGACAAAACUGGCACCAUUACCUAUGGGGUCCCCAAAGUCAUGCGGGUCCUCUUGCUUGUGGAUGUGGCCACGCUGCCCCUCAGGAAAGUUCUUGCUGUGGUGGGGACUGCAGAGGCCAGCAGUGAGCACCCCUUGGGUAUGGCUGUCACCAAAUACUGUAAAGAGGAACUUGGAACUGAGGCCUUGGGAUACUGCAUGGACUUCCAGGCCGUUCCAGGCUGUGGAAUUGGCUGUAAAGUCAGCAGCGUGGAAGGCAUCCUGGCCCACAGCGAGCACCUGAGCAAACGGGCCACUCCCCCGAACGGGGUUGGCAGUGUCCCCACAGAAACAGAUGCAGCUCCCCAGACUUACUCUGUGCUAAUUGGAAACCGAGAAUGGAUGAGGCGCAACGGCUUAGCCAUUUCCAGCGAAGUCAGCGACGCGAUGACGGACCACGAGAUGAAGGGCCACACGGCCGUCUUGGUGGCUGUUGACGGGCUGCUCUGUGGGAUGAUCGCCAUCGCAGACGCCGUCAAGCAGGAGGCCGCCCUGGCCGUGCACACGCUGAAGAGCAUGGGCGUGGACGUGGUGCUGAUCACGGGGGACAACCGCAAGACAGCCAGAGCCAUCGCCACCCAGGUCGGCAUCAACAAAGUCUUCGCAGAGGUGCUGCCUUCUCACAAGGUGGCCAAGGUCCAGGAGCUCCAGAAGGAAGGGAAGACAGUCGCCAUGGUGGGAGACGGGAUUAACGACUCCCCGGCCUUGGCCCAGGCCGAUGUGGGCAUCGCCAUUGGGACGGGCACCGAUGUCGCCAUCGAGGCGGCUGACGUUGUUCUCAUCAGAAAUGACCUGCUCGAUGUGGUCGCUGCCAUUCACCUCUCCCAGAGGACUGUCUGGAGAAUACGGCUCAACCUGGUGCUGGCGCUGAUCUAUAACAUGGUCGGCAUUCCCAUCGCAGCAGGUGUCUUCAUGCCCCUUGGCAUCGUGCUGCAGCCAUGGAUGGGCUCGGCAGCCAUGGCAGCCUCCUCUGUGUCUGUAGUUUGCUCGUCGCUGCAGCUCAAGUGCUAUAAGAAGCCCGACCAGGAGCGGUACGAGGCCCAGGCCCAGGGCCGCCUGAAGCCCCUCACCGCGUCCCAGGUCAGCGUGCACAUCGGCAUGGACGACCGGCGCCGGGACUCCCCCCGGGCCACCCCCUGGGACCAGGUCAGCUACAUCAGCGAGGUGUCCCUGUCCUCCCUGAAGUCCGACAGGCCGUCUCGGCACAGCGCCUCCGCCGAGGACGACGGGGACAAGUGGUCUCUGCUCCUGAACGACAGGGAUGAGGAGCAGUUCAUCUGAGAGCUCCUGGCGGGUGCAGACCACGCCACCUCCUCGCCGACCAGCCACACCGCAGCCACUCCCACGCCAUGGACAUUCAGACCAGGCCUCCCUGCAGCAGGCGGCAUUGUCCAGACGUGGCUCCUGGCAGACCACCCGGCCUGGACCCCACAGCACAGGGUGAAGCCUUAUCAGGCUACUGGUGUGGGCUUGUUGGAAACCUUGCCGACUCUAGAAUCAGGAGGACAGCCACCUCCCAUAGACCUCGGCUUUAUUUAGUAUCUGGGAUGACUGUAUGUGAUAUGAAGAAAAUCUUACCAGGACCAAAAACUGAGCUGAGCCUUUCCCUAAAACUCAUGAAAAACCUCGGUGUUGUCCUCUUUUUUACAACGCCCGCAAGCAUCGUAUAUCUAAGACCACAGUUUACCUCAAGUGCACUCUUUAGUUUCUGCUGGUACAGCCUCUUCCUUUUCUGUCCUGUCACAGACAGUGGCACCCUCGCCUCUCAGGGCAGGACUGGCAUCCUCUGGCCCCUGCUGCUGCUCUCAGGCGCUCUCCAAGUGCAUGUGCCGUGUGCGCCGCCGCCUGAGCGCUCACUCACGCCCAGCCAGAGAGCUUGCCAGUCCGUUCUUGCUUAUGAGCCACUUCUCCAUGGAGUCUUGGCCGUUGUUGCCCAGAUGGAGUGAGGCUCUCAGAGCCUGAGACUUGAGAAGUCCAGCUUCCGGUGGGGCCCAGGACGUGGGCCCCGGGGAGACUUGUGCUGGAAGACCUGUGGGGGAGGCGUGUGCAGGCAGGACCCUCCCUCGUGGCUCCCAGAGCUUCGGUGGCAUGGUCUGCUGUGUGACUGUUACUUCCUGGUGAAAAUGUAGAAUUCCUGUUGGUUUGUGAUCUCUGAGGAAAUGAAGAUUCCCAAACUAGAGGGCAUCACAGCUCUUCUCCGGGAGCUUCUGCUGCAUGCUGAGAUGGCGGAGCUUUAGGAAAGAGGUGGCUACAACUUCCCCAAGGAAACGCCCUUUGUCACUUUCGGCGGCUCUCUGUGAUUGCCUGGCCCUGGAGGGCAGGACUGUGGCUAGUUUUCGACUUUGGACUGAUAGAUCACAUGGGAAUAGACUAGUAGGAUUAUAAUCUUAUCUAAAUUCUAAGGUGAAUCCCUUGUCUCAAACACACAAAAUAAUUUUAUUUAUUGAGAGUCAGUUAUUUUCCAAGGCAAUGCAAGCACUUUUUAUAAGUUAACCUCUAAUCCUCCCAACAAACCACCAAAGUAGAUAUCGGCCACCUUUCACAGGCAGGGGAAUGGGCUCGGAGAGGUUAAGUACCCGCUCAGGGUCACACAGCCAGCACACAUGCUGGAACAGGGGACUGAAUGCAUGUCUGCUGGCUCUGAGAUCUUUCACUUCGGCUUCACCUUGAAUAUUUUGCUUGAUUAGAAUAAACAAGAGAAGACCCUUGUUCCUGGAAGAACAAA